UGACAGUAUGAAUCAACGUUGAUAUAUGCACGAUUUUAUAAACAUUAUAAUCAUUUCAAUUGUGACGAUGAAGAAAUUGGGCGUUCUAAUAGUUGUAUCAUUGACAUGUGUAGUUUUUGUUAAUGGACAGAAUUCUUCAAAUUCGCAGCCAGUUUCCACCGAUGGUAAAUCUGUACUGGGAGACGAGUCUCCCCUAGAAAAAGGAGCAAAACCUUUAUAUGAUUUGGUGCAUGGAUUUUUAGACAGUGUUCAGAAAGAUAAUUUUAUAGUAGCCAAUGGUGAUUCAAAAAUUACAUACAAAGACGUAGAGAGAUAUAUAACAAAUGGCACAUUAUCAGAAUUGGCAGAUCGAUGGCAGGAUUUGGUGUCAGUUUUUGGUGGCUAUGCAGCCUGUAUUGUGGUUGGGUUGCUGUUUGCCAUCUUUAUGCCCAUCAUUGGCAUGUUCUUCUGUUGCUGCUAUUGUUGCUGCAAAAGAUGCGGAAAAGCUCGGGAAAAAUCAGAUCCAAAAUCAGCUGGUUGCAAGCGAGCUACAUUUUGUUUUUUCUUGGCUGUAUUUGCAACCAUGAUGCUAACUGGUGCAAUUGUAUCCAUAAUUGCCAAUGAGUUACUUCACAUUAAGCUCCAGAAUUCAGAUAAGAGGGGACCAGUUCAGUAUCUGAAUAGUGGCCUGGAAGACCUUGUGUUGUAUGCAGACAAAACCACUGCAGAUCUUGAUAAAGAUACUAAACAGAUUGUGAGCAGCACCAUAUAUGAUAUAAAGCAGCAAAUAAAUGGAUCAGUUUCAUCUACAGUGGAAAGUGUAAAAUCAUCUAUUAAUGCCUCGGCAUUACUAACUCAGACAGAAAACCUAGGAAACAAGGCAAAGCAGGCCUAUGAUGACUUGGUGGAUAUAAUAACAAAUCUAAACAAUCUAAGGACACUUCAGAGUAAUCUUAACUCAAAAAUAAAUGAAAUCAACAAGAAUUUUACAGAUACCUGUACCAAUCUAUCUGUGUCACCUUGUCCUCAAAUACCAGGUCUUUCCAAUGAUUUCACAGGGUUGGAUAACCUUACUUCUGAGAUAGAUAAAGUUAAAGAUUCCUUAGAUAUAUCAAAUUUAACAGAACAGGCCAAGAAAGAAUUUGACAAAGUGGUGAAUAAUGUCUAUCCUUCACUGCAAGGAGAAAUAGAUGAUGCCAUGAAGAAAUCUGAUGACAUUGAGAAAAAUCUUAAAGAAGAGAUAUCAAAACUCACUGACACUACCAGGCAAUUUGCCGAUGGUCUCAGGAAUGAUUCCUCAAAGGAAAUUAACAACAUUGACAAGUAUUUGAGAGAUUAUGCUGAUUACAUAUGGUAUGGAGGAAUUGGCCUGCCCUGUAUCAUUGUUUUGACAUCAGUGCUUUACUACCUCGGAAUCAUGUUUGGUUUGUGUGGACAGAGACCAGGACAUGGGGCACCCUGCUGUAACAGAGGAACUGGCUCCAACUUCUUAGUCAGUGGGGUAGUGUGGACGUACCUGUUGUUUUGGCUGCUUAUGUAUAUAGUACUGAUCAUCUUUCUUGUUGGAGGACUGUUAUAUACAAGUGUGUGUCGAAACCUUAACCAGGGUGUGGAAAAUAUAGGGGACUAUGAACCACUGCUAAAGGAAUAUGAUAUUGACAUCAAGAAUCUUCUUAAUUACAGUGAUAACUCAAACUUCUCAGUCAAGCAAGCACUAAUGGAUUGUCGAAGCAACAAGGGGAUAUAUUCAGCCCUUCAGUUGCAGAAUAAAUUUAACAUUGAUGAAGUCUUGGAUACUCAAGCUGUUUUGGAAGAAGUCAGAAAUCUAACGAGCAGCAGUAAUUUUAACAUUGAUCCCAUUGUCAUUCUGUCAGGCAGUCUCAAUAAAUCUUUGUCAGAUUUUGCCAAUUCUGGGAUAACCAGUAUAAACUUCACUUCGUAUGAAGAGCAGUUGGACAAGACCCCAAUUGCUAAUUUAAGUGGGCUUACUGAGGAAUUACGAAACAGAGGAUUGACUGUACAAGCGGAUAUUGUAAAAAAUUUACAAAAAGAAGAAAUUGCAGCUUUUGAAAGUAAAAUGGGGGAAUUGAGGGUUGGUCUUGACAAACUGAAGAAUCAUACUUCACUACAGGCAAAAGUGGCUCACCUGCAAGUUUCUUUGAAGGGGACAGAGGACAAAUUUAACAAUGAAAGCCAACAACUGAUUAAAAAAGGAUUAAACGAUACAGUGAACAAUGUCACAGAUAUUGUAAUGAAAGGCAUAGAGAAAGCUAAAGAUACAACCAAAAACAUAGGAAAGUGUGAAAAAGUGUACUCUGCAGCCCAGAAACUGUCAAAUGCUGUGUGUGUUGUCUUACUGGACCCAUUUAAUACCUUUUGGUUUGGAUUAGGUUGGGGAAUAUUUUUCUGCAUUCCAAGCAUAAUAUUUGCAUUACUGCUGGCAAACAUGUACCAGAGAGAGGAGAAAUUUGAUAAAGACCUUCACAAAGCCAAGAAGGAGAGCAGACAGAAGCAGCAAGAACGGCAGGAUUUCGACAGCCCAAUGAUGGAGCAGUAUCAUGAUGAUAGCAUUCCAUUAACCAGUCCUCCAAAUGGUGGAUAUGGUCGGUCAAACAAUGGGGCGGUCAACCAAGGCUACUACAAUGAUCGCCGUGACGAUUAUCACCGUGGAAAUCAGUACCGUGAUGAUUAUCGCCAUGACGAUUAUCGCGGCAGUCGAGGGGACCCAUACUAUAGACAGGGUGAGAGAGACUACCCCCCUCCUUCCUAUCAUGACUCCCGAAACUACCCCAGCCCAGGGCAUCAUGAGGCUUACCCAGUGCUGCCCACAAAGCAACGAUACUAAUUAUCUGCACUAGCAGGAGACUGGUGACAAAAACUGAAAAUUAUCCAUAGACUGUUAAUUAUCUGGAGACAGAGAAUUAUCUGGAGACAGAAUUAUUCUGGAGAUUGAUUGCAGAGCUGUGAUAUGAUCUCAUACCAAAAAGAAAAAAAGUCCAGUAUCUUGAUCCCAAAAAAUGUUUAAAAACCCUAUUGUGAUUUGUUACCAGAAGAAAAAACACAGGUUGUUGUUCUGUUGGAAUGUGAAAGCCAAUGUCACAUUGAUUGUAGUCAAAGAGAUUUUUUUGUUAUUUGAUGUUGAACCAAUUGUUUGUCAUCUUUGUCUUCAAUAAUAGGGUGGUGAAAGCCCUUUAAAGUUUGAAUGAAUGGCAUGGAAGUUAAUUGUUAAAACAUUUACAUUUGGAAGAUGAACCUUGUGCUAUCACUUUUUUGUUUAUAGGAUAUUUUUAUACAAGAAUUGAUUUUUUUGAUCACAGAUUUCUUAUUUUGUUUUAUAUUGGCAAUUUACAGACUAUUUAUGUUUUUCUGUUUUGCUCACAAAUUUCUAAGCCGUCUUUCCCUGGAAGUUUUUUUUCUUGUUUUGAAAACAAAAAUCAUUCCACAAGAUGUCAUGGCUCAAAAAUCCCUUUUCUACAUAUUUAUAACCUUUCAUUCCAAACUACUAUCUAACGGGUCUAACUUUCUGCUCUCUUCUCUUUUCAUGUGUUUUUUUUAAUUGUAGAUACUAGUGUGUUCAUUUCAAGUUUGUGUAUAUGUUUGACAUGCAAGUAAAACUGAGAAACCUUUUCUGUUAAAAAAAAAUGGUGCUAUAGUUUUCUGCCAUUUUCUGUUUCCCAAAUCAAAUUUUAUAUAUGACCCCAAAAAUGGCUUGUAUUUCAGUGAUUGUUAGCACUAGAUAUUUCUAUGUACUGCUAAGUGUUUUAUUUCAAGCUUACAUGUAUUUUAAAAACAUUUUUAUAAAAAUAUGGCUUAUUGUGUUAUUUUCUUUGAAGAAUAAUUUUUGUCAAUCCAUGUACAAAAGGGAAUUGAGAAGUGUUUGUGUUUAAUCUUGGUAAAAGCAAAUGAAUUUUUGUUACUAAAAUGUUUAUACGUGAUAUAUACGUGUCUUUGGUACAAAAGAUUUAGAAGUAUUGCGAUUUAUAUGUAUUUAUGAAAUAAUUUUUAUUAGUGAAAUCAACUUGCAUAUCAGAUUUUCUAUGCAAAUUGGAAAAGAUUGCUAGAGGCUAAAUACAGGGAUGUGUUCAAGAUUGUAGCAAUUACAUCGAUCUGUGAUCUUGAGUGACGUGCUAGUAUAGCUGCCAUGUAGGGAUAACAAGCUUUCAUAGUGCAUUCAAUAAAUCUAGAUAUAUUGUCAAGCAUCUAGGGUAGCUGUUAUUGUCUUGAACACAUCUCAGAUACAUGUACUUGGUACGGAGUAGGAAUGGUUAGGUCAAUAAUACAUGGUUAAGAUAAAAUGAAGACUACUGUAAUAUUUAAAUUAUUAUUUCUGUGGGUUUUUUUCUUUAUUUCAAAGUAAUCUUGAUAUAUAGGUAUAUAUUAUCAUUGCCUGACUUUUGAAAAUUUUGUGUUCUACAAGAAUUUAAAACCAGCUAUAAAAUAUUGGUAAUUUUUAGAUUUUUAUUAUAUUUAUAUAUAGACAUGUACAUGUAUUUAUAAAAAAUAUUUUCUUGCCAAAGCAUCCCUAGCUAGUAAAGAAAUGAUGAGAAAAGGUUCAAGUUAACAUUAUUUUAUGCCUACUUAGAAAUGAAACAUUCAAUUAGAAAGUACUUAUAUGAUGUGUUUUCACUAAAAUAUAAUAUAAUUAACAAAGAGAAAUUGAUUUGUUCUAUAUUAUCAAAUUCUCCAGUAUUUCAAUAUGUCAACGAAAUUUAACAGUAUGUAUAUAUAAACAUAUAUAAAAGAAUGUUAUGUAUAUGUUCACAUCAGAACUGUCCAAUUUUUAGGUACAUAAUUUAGCAGGUUUAGUGGAAGCUUUGGAUGAAUGUUGUAGUUUUAGAGAACUUGCAGGUUUUAAUCGAUAGCAAGUGAUGUUUUAAUUAAACCAAUUAUUAAUUCUUCAUUAUUCAUUACCAAGAUAAGGAACUCUUCCAUCAUAUCAAGAAUAAAAGGAAUGUUUCAAUUACAUUGUAUUUGAUGUACAUGAAUUAAUAAUGAAUUUUAAAGCAUGUUGUAUUACAGUCUUAGAAACAAAUUGUCCAUGUGAAAGUUAUUUCAAGUGAAGAAUGAAAGUUGAGAUAUCAGAAUAUUUUUCUGUAAAUUAUAAAACCUUUGACUUUAUAAGUAAUCUCCAAAGAUCUUUCUUUUAGAGUACUGUUAUAACAAGGUACAUGAAUAAGUGGAGAUGUAAAAGGACAUGUGCAAUCUAGCAACCUCUUUUGAAGAGAUGAAUAAGAUAAAACAGGCAAAACUUGCUUUAUCACACUUUUUCAGUUUGAAAUAUUCAUACACUGAUGAGAUUUUUCAAUGCAGUUAAAAUGUAAAUAAUAUUACACCAAAUGUAGCCAUUUAUUUUUAGAAAUGUACGUUUAUGUACAAGUUUUUAACCAGAUUUUAAAAUGUGAUAUAUCCAAAACCGUCCUUUUAAUUAAAAGGAUACUUUUACCUCAGCUGAGGGGUAAUAACAUUGGUGUAAUGGUUGUAAUGAAUGCAUAAUAAUUAAUCCUAUAACUGAUCUCACAUAGUGAUUAUUUAAACAUGUUAUCAAAUUAUUUACCAGAUGCUAAUUUUUGUCUUUGUUGAGUUCUGCAUACAGAAUAUACGUAUUGUCCCAUAAAUUUAUUCUUCUGUAGCUUUCAUGUUUUAAUCUUAAGAAAUUUCCCCUAGAAACAGUGAGGGAGGUCCAGUAUAUAGCGUGCCUUUCAGAAAAUUGGGACCAGGUUUUAUAGAGUCCUGUAUAACAUUCCACCACUGUCAACAUUUUACUGAAUGAUUUAUAAAUGCUUUGUUUGGUUGAGAAUUAUGCAUUGUACAACCUUAUUAUUGUCUGAAUGUUGUUUGCAUCCAUCAUUAAACCAUUAAAUUAAGAUUCAUUAA